AUUUAAUGUCGAUAAAGUUGUUGUUUGCAAUUAUUGUGGCAACGCAGAGCUAAAUCAAAGUGUACAUGUCCAUCUUUACAACAUUUAGUCCUUCAUGAAAGAAUACCGCGGCGCCUAAAACGGGUACUCAAGUGAAAGACGUCUUCAUCAGCCCUGACGCCCCUAAGACGCUCCUGCUGGACAAACAUGCUGACUACAUAGCUGCCUAUGGCUGCAAAAAGGACGACUAUGAGUACACACUGUCCGAGUAUUUGCGCAUGAGCGGAAUCUACUGGGGUCUGACGGUGAUGGACCUGAUGAGUCAGCUGCCCCGCAUGAACCGUCAGGAGAUUGUGGACUUCAUCAAAUCCUGUCAGCACGAGUGUGGCGGCGUCAGCGCCAGCGUGGGCCAUGACCCCCACCUGCUCUACACGCUCAGCGCCGUGCAGAUUCUGUGCUUGUACGACAGCGUGGACGCGCUGGACGUGGACAAAGUGGUGGAGUACGUCAAAGGGCUGCAGCAAGACGACGGCUCGUUCGCGGGGGAUAAAUGGGGGGAAAUAGACACACGGUUUUCCUUCUGUGCAGUGGCCACGCUCGCAUUACUGUGCAAGAUGGACGCGAUCAACAUUGACAAGGCCGUGGAGUUUGUACUGUCUUGUAUGAACUUUGAUGGAGGUUUCGGCUGCAGGCCAGGUUCGGAGUCUCACGCAGGCCAGAUAUACUGCUGUACGGGCUUCUUGUCUCUGACGGGGCAGCUGCACCAGCUCAAUGCAGACCUGUUGGGUUGGUGGCUCUGUGAGAGGCAGCUGCCCUCUGGAGGUCUCAAUGGGCGCCCCGAGAAGCUUCCAGACGUGUGCUACUCCUGGUGGGUUCUCGCUUCCUUAAGAAUCAUCGGCAAGAUUCACUGGAUCGACAAGGACAAGUUGCGCAGCUUCAUUUUGGCCUGCCAGGACGAGGAGACGGGAGGUUUUGCCGACCGUCCGGGAGACAUGGUGGAUCCUUUCCACACUCUCUUCGGAAUCGCCGGCCUCUCCCUACUUGGAGACGAGCAGAUUAAAGCGGUAAAUCCUGUGCUGUGCAUGCCGGAGGUCGUCCUGCAGAAGUUGUGUCUGCAGCCGGAGCUCCUCAGCUAGCCCCCCUCCCCAUCCCCUUGGUAACUAUUGCUAACGUCUUACACAGACAUACAACAACAGCCACAGAUGGAUGUUGGCAACAUUUUAAUAAAUAAAUACGCCAUCAUGCAAUCCAUCAUUCAGUCAACGGUGGAAGAACUAACUAAACAUCCUGGAAAAAACAUUCCUAGAAGUGUUGACUUGCUCCCGUUAUCAUCUCGAUGCAUCUGCUUUGUUUAUAUGCUCAUUUUUGUCUCUAUCAAAGGUGAACUUAGCAUGCUAACCUUUAAUUAUGAACUGUGACCUUUGUCUUUGUCCAGAACGCAUUGCGCCGUUGCACAAUUCUGUGAAUAUGACCGUAACUUAUUUGUUUAUUUCACAAAUAAAUGUCUUAUUUACUUCU